AUGACUCUACCUACAAGCUGCGAGAUUCUGGUCGCUGGAAGCGGCAAUGCAGGGUUUUCUGCUGCUGUUGCGGCCAAACAAGCAGGCGCACAGCGGGUUGUUCUCAUUGACAAAUGUCCCGAAGACUGGGCUGGAGGGAAUUCUUACUUUUCAGCCGGAGCAUAUCGCACCGUUCAUAACGGCAUCGCGGAUUUACUCCCUUUGGUGAAUAACGCGGACGAAGACACGGCAAAGAAGACUGAUAUAGAACCGUACACGAUUGAGGACUUUUCCAACGACGUGAAGAGAGUCUGCAGUAGCAGAUCAGACCCUCAUCUGUCGAGAAUUCUCAUUGAAGACUCAAAUUCAACGACACGGUGGUUGAAAAGCAAUGGUAUUCGAUUUCAAUUGUCUUUUAAUCGACAAGCCUACGAGGUAGAUGGACGUUUAAAAUUUUGGGGUGGGCUCGCAUUAAAGACACAGGAUGGAGGAAAAGGCCUAAUCGAGGACCAUACGGCCGCCGCGAAAAGACUUGGAGUUGACAUCUUUUACUCGACCUCUUUGAAGCAGUUGAACACGGAUCCCAAAACCGGGGCAGUUACCUCGGUCCUGGUACAGCGCGAGGAAGAGCAUCACGUAGUUCAAACUGGCGCUGUUAUCCUAGCUGCCGGAGGAUUCGAGAGCAACCCUCGUCUUCGUUCCCAGUACUUAGGUCCUGGCUGGGACCUGGCCAAGGUGAGAGGCACGCCCUAUAACACGGGCGAUUGCUUGGAGAUUGCCAUUCGAGACGUAUCAGCAGGACAAACCGGGAACUGGUCAGGCUGUCAUUCUGUCGCCUGGGAUAAGAAUGCACCGAGCGACACAGGAGACAGAGAAGCAUCCAACGAAUUUACCAAGUCCGGUUACCCGCUAGGGUUGAUGUUCAAUAUCCAAGGCCAACGCUUCGUCGACGAGGGCAUCGAUCUCCGUAAUUACACGUACGCCAAGUUUGGACGAGCAAUCCUGUCCCAGCCUAGCCAUAUGGCCUUUCAAAUCUGGGACUCUCGAACGAUCCCCUGGUUGAGGUCAGAGGAAUAUCGACCCGAAAGAGUCGAGAGGAUCACCGCAAGUUCGAUUGCGGAACUAGCUGAAAAGUUGAAACCGCUUGGUCUCGAGGACCCAGAAGCAUUUGUCCACCGGGUCCAAGAAUACAACGAGGCCGUCUAUGCAUUUCAAUCGGAGAAUCCUGAUAAGAAAUGGGACCCAGCAGUCAAGGAUGGCCUGUCUACUCAAUCCAAUGUCAAGAAACUCUCGCCCGGGAAGACGAAUUGGGCCUUGCCUAUUGACCAAGCACCCUUCAUGGCUGUGGUCGUUACUUGUGGCAUUACAUUUACAUUUGGAGGGCUCUCAGUCACACCGGAGUCUGCUCAGGUCAUCAGCUCUGCGACAGGCAAGGAAAUCCCGGGGCUUUAUUGCGUAGGAGAGAUGAUGGGAGGACUGUUCUAUGAGAAUUAUCCGGGUGGAAGCGGACUGACUGCUGGCGCUGUCUUUGGACGAAGAGCAGGGACUGCUGCUACUAAGGCUGUGAGAUCGGGGUCCGCAUCAAGCGCAUCUCUGGUACGUGGCGAGAAAUGA